UUGCCUGAGUCGCCGUCUCCUUUAAGAGCAAGCUUCGAGCUGUAUAUCCCGCGCCGGAAGCGGAGCGGUACGUCAAUUUCAGCCUAGCAGAGAUGAUCUCUUACUGGUCAGAAACGGGGAGAAGGAGAAGAGGCUAGUAGCUGCUAUUGUUAGUACUGCAGCGCUGGGCAACUCCUGGUUAUGGGGAGAUCUCCGGUCUCAACUUCCUUUAAAAGCAGUCUCAUUGGUGGUUGAAUGCAACUCAAGAAGGUCAGAUGCUGAAAGCUGCCUCAUGAAAGCUGUCCACUUCCAUUUGUUUUGCUCUGCUUAUGAUGGAUGAGUGGAAGCCCAACCCACUAGCCAAUCCACGAAAGAAACGCGGCUGGUACCUGGCCUGGAAGUACAAGCUGACAAAUCAGAGGGGACUAAGAAGGCUGUGUCAGAUGGGGGCUGUUCUCUUCUUGCUGGUGACUGUCAUUGUGAACAUAAAGCUGAUAUUAGACACUAGAAGAGCAGUGAAUGAAGAAGAAGAAUCUGCUCAGGAUUAUGAUGAAGGGUUGCAAAACCCUGAGAUCCCACGAAGGCCUGUCAACAGUAGGAAGGUUCUGGAUAUUGAGGUGUACUCCAGCCGUUCCAAGGUCUACGUGGCAGUGGAUGGGACAACGGUUUUGGAAGAUGAAGCCCGGGAGCAAGGCAGAGGAAUCCAUGUGAUUGUGUUAAAUCAGGCUACGGGUCAUGUGAUGGCAAAGCGAGUCUUUGACACCUACUCUCCACAUGAGGAUGAAGCCAUGGUCCUCUUCCUUAACAUGGUAGCCAGAGGCCGCAUUCUGAUCUUCACAAUUAAGGAUGAGGGCUCCUUCCACCUUAAAGACACAGCGAAGAGUCUCCUGAAGAGUUCAGGGAGCCAGGUUGCAGCUUCCCUCAGCUGGAGGGAUAUGUGGACAUUUGUGGGGAAGAAAGGAGGGGAGGUAUAUGGUGAAAAACAUGCCAAAUCUCCAGCGCUUUCCUCUUGGGGAGAGCCCGUCUUGCUGAAAACUGAAGUCCAACUAACCUCUGUGGAAGAUGCAGAAUGCCACUGGCCUGAUACGGAGCUCAACCGGCGGCGGAAGCAUUUCUGUAGCAAGGUGGAAGGUUAUGGCAGUGUCUGCAGCUGUAAAGACCCCACACCUGUAGAAUUCAAUCCUGACCCUCUCAAAGACAACAAAGUUUUUGAUGUGCCUAUUGCUGUCAUCGCAGGGAACAGACCUAACUACCUGUACAGGAUGCUGCGGUCUCUGCUGUCAGCACAAGGAGUCAAUCCUCAGAUGAUAACAGUCUUUAUCGAUGGAUAUUAUGAGGAGCCAAUGGACGUGGUGGAAUUAUUUGGCCUGAAGGGAAUCCAGCACACACCCAUAAGCAUUAAAAAUGCCAGAGUCUCCCAGCACUACAAAGCCAGUUUGACAGCAACAUUCAACUUGCAUCCGGAUGCCAAAUUUGCUCUGGUUCUAGAAGAAGACUUGGACAUUUCAAUUGACUUCUUCAGCUUCCUAAGCCAGUCCAUCUAUUUGCUGGAGGAAGAUGACAGUCUGUACUGUAUCUCUGCCUGGAAUGACCAGGGUUAUGAGCACACAGCAGAGGACCCCUCACUCUUGUACCGUGUGGAGACCAUGCCAGGAUUGGGCUGGGUACUGAGGAAGACUCUUUAUAAAGAUGAAUUGGAGCCCAAAUGGCCAACACCAGAGAAGCUCUGGGACUGGGACAUGUGGAUGCGAAUGCCGGAGCAACGGAAAGGCCGCGAAUGCCUCAUCCCGGAUGUGUCACGCUCCUACCAUUUUGGCAUUGUUGGCCUCAACAUGAACGGCUACUUCCAUGAAGCCUAUUUCAAAAAACACAAGUUCAACACUGUCCCCAAUGUGCAACUUAAAAACGUGGAGAGCUUAAGGAAAGAUGCAUAUGAGAUGGAAAUCCGCCGGCUGCUCAGUGAAGCAGAAGUUCUGGAUCACAGCAAGAACCCCUGUGAGGAUUCCUUUGUACCUGACACAGAGGGAAAGGUUUAUGUUAUGUACAUCAAGAUGGAGCAGGAAGCAGAUUUCACCACCUGGACUCAGCUUGCAAAGUGCCUCCACAUCUGGGAUCUGGAUGUCCGUGGGAACCAUAAAGGACUGUGGCGGCUUUUCCGAAAGAAGAACCACUUCUUGGUUGUAGGAGUCCCUGCCUCUCCUUACUCAUCCAAGAAACCUUCCUCAGUGAUCCCGAUUUACAUGGAGCCCCAAGCCAAGGAUGAAGCGGUGGGAGCCGUAGCAGCAGGAGCCGAGCAAACGUGAAGCAGGACUUGGGAGUGUUGUCCGAGUUGCCUUCGCAGCCUGCUGGGGAAAGGGCUGUGAGAAGCCAUGGAGGCCUGUGGGAUCGGGGUGUGCUGUUUUUCUCUGAAGGUCUUGAGCAUAGGACAAAGGCAGACGGGAGCUCCCUGCGGUCCUGAGGCUGGUGCAGAGAGUGAAGGCAUUGCCCCGGGAAGGCAGCAGCAGGCGCCUCGACUAGUUUUCUAAGCCGCUGCAACAAUGCGAUUAUUUUUGGGGGGUCUCGUUUUUAACACUGACGCUUUACUAACUGUGGCCACCCUUUCCCCAAAUUGGGGAUUAGGCCAGAGGGAGCAAUUUGGAAAGUGGUUGGUUUGCUUUUAGGGACCUCUUCUCAGAUCACUACUUCAGGAUAUAUACUUUUUUAUUUAUUAACUCUUUUGUGUUGGUCGGCCUCCUCUAAAGGCGGUUGUCCUGCUUAUUUUUCUAGAGGUUUCCUAAUGUGGGUCUUGUGAUGAGACGCUCUUAAUCCCUUGAAAGCAUGUGGAGCCGUUCCCUAAACAGAGGAACCAACCUGCCGUGGCUUGGCUAAUGGCUACAGAGCAGACAGUUCGCCUGAAUAUGGAGGAUGCUAUUUGUGCCAGACGUGGAGACUUGGCCACGCCUUUCAUUAUUGGAACUAAGGACACAAACCACAAAUGGAACUGCAUGUGUUGGUACGGCUGACUACCCAGCCUGGAUACUCAGGCUUAGAAUUCCCUUCCCCCUGUCCCUCCUCCCAGUUGAUUCCCAUGCAAGAAGGGAAACAUCGAAAGUGUUGGCCUUUAUCUUCCUAGCGAGUUCUUCUAGUUUCAGCUAAGGCAACUCGUCUUGGCUGAAACUCUCACCAAGAGCUAGGCUGGCAACAGCAGGCAGAGGCCCAAGACCGUGAGGUUUGGUUAGUGUUGCUCUUCUGCAGCUGCAGCACACCUUUAUACGAUGACCAUGAGAAAAGGGGCGAGGGACAGAGAAGAUGUGUGCAAAAAGUGCCUUGAGGGAGCAUGUGCUAGCCUAGAAAGCCUUGGUGUUUGCUUGCUUAAAAAAGUAGAGAUGAAGUGAGUGAAUCGAGCCAAACCUUAAUUCUCUUUGAUCCACUGGAGAAGGCUUCUGCGAGCUCGAGGAUCCAGGGACCCUGUUGGUCUGUUGUAUGGAUGAGCUGUGGCAGUGGCCACCCAUUAUUGACUGUUCGUACCACCAAGCAAGGCCAUGCCCACCAGGGAAGCUCCCUCCUGUGGAGCUGAUAGGCCUUGUGUCCUGUCCUGCUGAAUUUAAGCCACUCUUGUCCUUUUGAGGGUACAGGUUGCUAAAGCAUGUUGCUUAGAAGGAGGUGCUUGUAUGACUCUGAUGAUGAUUCUUGGGAAAGUGUUCUUCUGUAGACCACACUGGCUAAGUGGAGGAGAGGGGAAAGGGAAAGGAUAGCAAUUCAGGGAUAAAGAGGGAAUCGGGGUUUUCCUCUUCCACAUCCUGUGCCUUAUGAGGUAAGGGAAGUCCUUGGGCCUAGAAUGUAACUUUGAGUAGAAAGAGUCAAUGAACUGCUAAAGGGAAGGAAACACUGCAUACUAGGGGAUGGCCAGGUUCUAGUUUGACAUAGUACUUUUCCUUCCAUUUGGUGGUUGGGUGCACCUUUGUUUUUGUGUUUCCUCUUCUUUCUGCACACCUCCAAGCUCAUCAUACAUAAUUGACGCUGCCUGAAUCUUUAAAGAAACAAGAAUCGGGAGGUGGAGGACUAGGGAAGGGGAGACAUCACAGUAUUUAACAUUUCCAUAAGCUGUGGCCUCCAUGUUUUAGAUACCAUCUUCAGCCAGCUCUGUUCCUCAGCCUAGGGAUCCCUCCUGAGGUUAAGAGUGGCUUGCUUCACAUCAGUUGGACUGUACAUUUUUUUAAAAAAAACACAGCAUUUAUCCACACUAGAGCUCUAAUGUAUCUGUGGCUGAGUUGGAGAGCAUAAGUAUUUGUAUUGAUGACUUGGGUGCACUAACUGAUUGAAUGCAGUUGAUUAUAUGGGGUAAUGAUAUUUUACCAAAGUGACCCAGGAACACUAUCUCUAUCAUCUCGGGGCGGGGUGCUGAGUAGCAUAGGUGGAUGCUUCUGCCUCUGAAAGGGGGGUUCCUUUUGGCCCUGCCUGCCGGCCUUGAUGUAAAUACGCAAUGCAUAUUCCAGCUGUAGGGUGAGCGUGAUCCAGAGUUGACAGCACAGCAGUGCUUGCUUGAGACGAAAGCAUUUUGUGCUGCUCCUCUCCCUGUUUAGUUAAUGACUUGUCUUCAGAUUGUCAGUGCAUCACUUUUCAUUGGAGGUAAAUUUGGCCACUGUUCAGCUAUUGUUCUGGUUACCAGGUACAACAGAGCGAAACUUUAGAGCUGCUCCGUGUAUUUUGCAAAAGAAGAGUUUUUCUUUUAUGCCUUCCAUGUGUCUCUAGGGCAAGCACUGUGAUGUGGAAAAGGGAUGUGUCUGUAAACAGGCACCUGGAAGGCAUACCUCAGCAAAGUUCCUGGGUACAACUUCUGUGUGUGUGUGUGUGUUAUACACACGCACACUCAAACUUUUUUUGUUGUGGACAUGCAUAAGAGCCAGGUGAGAAUUCCAGUCUUACUGAUGAUGUAUGAGAUGACCCUCAUUGUGAAGCAGCUACUGCCAUUUUUGUGGCAACAUGGUAUAGAGCAUGAUUUUUAGGUAGUUGGGGUUUUCUGUUUGGUUGUAUUUAAGGCACCCACCACUUAAUAAGGUGAGGGAACAACUUCUAAACCGAGGUCUGCAAGGCCAACCCCUAGAAUCCCUAGGCUGCAGAAACGCACUACAUUUCUUUCCCUUAUUUAUUUGAUAACCAGAGCAGGUGAAGGUCUUAAGUCCCCAAAGCCUUAAUUCACAUGGUGAUUCAGUGUAAAGAGUUGGGGUUCUUAUGCAUCUGCACCAACAGUGAUCCCUAAAGGUCUUUUUCAAUUAUGGCCAACUGAAGCAACCCUGAAUUAACGCAUGUUGUUCUUGUUAAUUUACAAAGCAGAAUUUUAUUUCAAAACCAGCCUUGAGAUCUCAAGACCCUUGAUGAGAGAGGGUCUGAUCUGGGUGGGCAGGGAGAAGACCUUAGGAACCUUAGACCUCUGGGCAGAAUGCCUGGUGUUCUUACUGCCUAGAAUAGCCUUCCCCAAGCUAGCGCUCCAGACAUUUUGAAUGGCAACUCCCAUCACCCCUAGCCAUCACAGCUGUGCUGACUGGGGUUAAUGGAAGUUGUUGUUCAAAAAGUCUGGAGGGCAUCAGAUUGGGGAAGGCUGGCCUAGACUCUUGACUCUUAAAGCCUUGAUGGGGGAAGAACACAGGCCCAUCCAGACUUUAUAUGUUUGGAGUGGGUGUGAGUUUGGGAUGGUGGGGGCAUUGCUGGUUGCUAUUUGUAGCAGGAAGGCAGUUCCUGCCUGUCAAGUGAGCAAAAUCAGGUCACUGAAGUUACUUUGUCAUGAUAAUCAAAGACUGGAGAGGACCACCACACUUUCAAGGGCGCUUUCUUCCUUAUCUGCAUCUACCAUGGAAGUUUAAGAGGUGCUGUCUGAAAUGAAUGCUGUUCUGCUCUUGGCACUGAUUGCAGGCAUGUCGUCUGCCCCACCUCACCAAAUAUAAAACAUUUCAUAGUGAUGACAUUCUAAGAUCCCCAUGGAAACGUCUUGUUACAGGAAGACUGUAUUUAUGCAAACUACUGAACUUGGUGAAGUAGUUCUUAUUUGUCUGUGGGGAGGCAAAAAGAUCAGAGGCGGUUUGGGUUUGUUUUCCCCUAUUCAAGAAGAGCAGUUCAGCCUUGCAAAAUGAGUACAGAAAAUCUGUGAGCUCCUUCGCUAGGAGUGGCUCUUUUUCUGAUACUGAACUACAGUCCCCAUUGUUCCUGACCAUUGGCCUUGCUAACUGGGGAUGAUGGGAGCUGGACUUCAGAAGCAGUGGGAGGGCCAUGCUUUUGCUGCAUUUCAUGUCCUGAUAUCUCAAAGCUUAGCUAGAACACCUGAAAAAAAUUACUUGUCCCUGCCAAGUAUCUUACAGCAGAGAACAUGCCAUUUGAAGUGGGGGUGGGGAGCGAAAUUGCAAGGAUAUAUCUAAAGUCCAGUUUUCCUUGGGUCUGACUUUAAAAGAUGGGGAGGGGUUCUUGCCAAAAGUUCAUCUUCAUAAAGGUAGGAACCUGUGUUAACAUGUGAUGCUUUGGGUUUUGGAAAAAUAAAUCUAAAACAUUAUAAUCUGAAAAAUACACUCCAGCCCCAGUUUAAUCAAUUGGAGUUUUGACCUAAACAGAGGGCAUUUUAUCCGGAAGCUACAUGGCCACAUGGGGUUGUAUAUCUAACUGGUAUUUGGUUCCAUUGGGACAAGCAUGCCUUUUUUUGGAUUGCACCCAAAGCUGCCUAUGCUUACCCAUUCUCAUAAGACCGAUUGACUUCUAUGGGGGAUUUACUUAUGGAUGAAUAUGCUUAAGAUUGUCACUUAAGUGUGACUCGACUAAAAAUGGCUCAUUUCCCAUUCAGCUAAUUAAAUUCACCAUUUAAGAACAAACAGUAUUCCAUCCCCUUGAUUGCAAGGACAUCUUAUUCUUGCAAAAUUUCACAAAUAAGUCCAGGGAUCAAACAACCCUGACCUCAUUCUUAGCAAAGUAUGUGGGAAAAAUACAUUUUAAAAGUUCAUCAACUGCCUUUCUUUUGUAGUUUAGUACAGCCCAAAUAUUCCAGUUGUUAGCAACAGCAUGCUGGAUGCUUUGUCUGAUCUGCUAUGACAAUUACUAUUUCCUUAUAACAGCUUCUGAAGGGGGUGGUUUUUUUUGGGGGGCGGUGUUCUGUUGCAAAGUAGGCAGCAUUUUCCAGACAUUUGGAUGCCUUAGAACAGUGUGACAAUAUUAUCAAAUUGGUUGUACAUGCUUCUGUUACCCAAACUAUCCAUUGGCGUUGCUCAACAUCAGAAUGUAAAGCUGUCAUACUCCAUGGACUCCAGUACCAGACGUUUGGUUCUCACAACACCAGGUGCUUCAAACCGGUGUGACUGUCCUCUUAGAAGUUCUUGCUGCCUUUUGCUUUCGUUCUUUUAUCUCUUUGUCACCCGCCCACAUUUGUUUUCCUGUAGUCCUCCUUCACUUAAACAAAGGGACUGUAGUUUCAUUGGCUGGGUACUCCUGGGUCUUUGGCUGGACUUUCUUCUUGCAUGCAGCUGGGGAGAGAGCAGGAGGGCUAGCUGCUUUUUGGAAUCCAGUUUUGUGUCUGGUUUUUUUGUUUUCCAAAAAUAAAGGUGGCAGAACUUGUUGCA